AUGUUUGCAGCACAACAGCAUCCCUUUGAGCGGAAACGGGGUCGGGAGGAAGAAGGGCUCGCUGCCAACGGCAUGAGCUUCGGUGAGCACCGAAAUAAACGACUUCAAUGUCUUCCUCUUCGUGCGUCUCCUCGAACCGCACAGCAAUGGUUACCCGAUUCGUCCAUGCAAGCCUCCAACAUGGCUUGCAAUGAUCAGUUCCAACAAACUAGCUUUUCGCAAUGGCCUCCAGCAAAUACGACGCCACAGAACCAUGGAUAUUCUGACAUGAACAUGAUGCAAACAAGUCAAUUUGAUCAACAACAAGCAUCGGACCGAUUGAGCAUGAUGCAACUGGAGUCUGACAACUCCAACGGGCGCAUGGCCACUCCCAUUCAGCCCAGCUUUGCCGCACAGGUUAGAGGUCAGCAGCCAAUGAUGGCCCAUCCCAACGGCGUUGCAAACCUUGGACAUAACAAUACCGGCCUCAACGAUGACCAGAGCAUUCCUCGCACAAUGGCUGGAGGAUGGCAGGCUGUUCAGAACGAGCGACGCCUCCCCUCGCCUAUUUCCGAAUGUGAUGAUGCCAUGGUGUGCCAACCCGUCACCCCUAUCACGGUGCAUUUCGACUCCGGCAUCAACGGCAACAUGUCUCCGGGCAUGGCACAUCCUAACGUGAGAGUUGAGCCAUCACCUCCCCAUGACGUGGAACACCACAUGAUGGAUGCAGAACCACUCUACCCAACACAAACGGCCGAUGGCGAGGGUGACCCUACAACACCUUCUCCUCGACGAGGUCAUAUUAGAAGUCGACACACCGUCAACAACUGGACAUGGCAACCCGGCAUGAAGAAAAGUUUUAGUAUAGGAUACCGCUCAGACUGUGACAAAUGCCGCGACAAGGUUCCGGGUCAUUUCAACCACAUUAUCGUUUCUUAG